GUUUAUUUGAAGCGUAUGUCAAACCAACCAAUACACCGAGCCAUCAAAACCUUACCGCUGUGGAAUCCAUUGUAAGGCCGUUUAGCGAGUUAAUUUACUACAAAUGGCAGAUGUGGAAUUAACUAAUGCUGCAAAUGGAACAACAGCGCGUUGGCGAGCUUUGGUACGUAACGGAUCGGCAAGAAACACUGCCAUAACUACUAAACAACCAUCUCUAGGCAAAGAUUCUUCAACGUUAGAUAUCCAUGAACCCGUCGCUGACGCGAAGGAUUAUUCCGUCGACAUAGGUCUCAUUCAACGAAGGACGUACCUGCUAUCAGCGGGAAUUGGAGACACGAAUAAGGUUUUUAAUCGCAUCAAGGGAUGGAUAGGAUUGAUAAUUUGGGCCUUGAAUGUUAUUAUUCACUUUGGACUAGACUUUUACGAAGCAGUAUUUGUCUUUGAAGUGUCGUGGGCGACUUGUAUUGGAGUGUUCUUAGUAACACUUCUGGCUUGUUGUUACUCGAUGAUAAAACAUUCAGUGCCUUGGUUUAUUAAAGGAGUGAAAAAACUCAAGAAAGACGGACACUACCCGAAAACUCUACGACGUGUUUACCUUAUAUUCAAGGUGAGUAUGUGUCUAUUGACGCAUCCUUCGUAAUCCCCUACUGUUUGUAGAUUUUGACAUAAAAAUGGGUUUGAUUUCUCAUCAUCGCGUUUCUGUUGUCUAAUGUUUCGUGGCGUGCGUGUAGCUGAUAGAUUUUAUUUUGCGACCAGACCCCUAAAGCUUUCCAUUCUUCCUGCCAAACCGCCGCCAUUACCAAACAAUUUAUUUCUCAUUUAUAUCGGACUCUCCUCGCCUUUACAAGAUUAGACAAGAAUACGCUCCUUCGUAUUGGAUUUCGAGAAAAGGAAAGUGCUGUUUAACUCAGGCCUGCGAAUCAUUAAAAUGUUGACAGAAUCCUUAGUACGUUACUCGUUUUUUAUGUAGAUGAGUUCUGGAAAAAAUUCUCGCAAUAAAAUAAUUUCGACGCCAUCUGAGACCCAUUCGAAAGCAUGCGAGGCUAAUGGGCUAUUAUGAAUGCUCUUUGACAGCUAUUAAUCUUUUAGUAUAAUUAUGUUCCCCUUUGUAUUGUGGAGUCAGAGGUUGCUCGAUUUUUUAGUUACUUUCAUUAUAGAAAUCUUAAAGUUGUUCUGCAAACGUGAUUGCUUGCCGUGAAGAAAUAUUUUAGCAACAAGACGCUUGUGUUACACUUUGUGACCCGGGUAUGUCUCGCAGUUGCCAAUAUUUUGUUGAUUUUAGUUUCAAAGAUCACCCGCAGCUUUGUAUGAGAAAUCAUUCUCAAAAUACCACAGAGCCCACUUAAUGAAUAUUUUCAAUUAUUAAGGAUCACCCCUAGUGUCUUGAAAUAAGGAAUUAGCUAUGAAUGGUCAUAAUUCAAGUGAGAACAAGGAUAAUUUUAGAUUACAGAAUUUCUUUACAUUUGUAGACACAAGGUUAGGAUCCUGUACUUUUCUUGAAAUCAAUAUCAAUGUUUUUCUUUUGAGCAUUAGUCCUAUUCUAUGUUUUUAAGUCUAGUAACAUCAAUGUCAUAUGUCAUGUUCUUUUAUUUAGAAUCGUGUAUCAAGGUGAACUGUGUGUGCCAAACUUAUGAAACGAGAUGUCAAAUCGUCUUUGGUUUUAAUUAAAAAUGCAAAUGAGUAAUUGGGCCGAUAUUAAAACGUAACUAUGGUUACCGCUGUCUCAAUUAGCAAUCGGCUAUUUAUUUCCCUUUCACGUCAAUCGAAUGUUUUGUUUGAGAAGUACUAUUUUCACAGCGUAAAUUUUUUCUUCGGAGAUAAAACGGCAAAGAUACUUUUCUAAACGGGAAUAUUGAUAAUGAUGACAUUGAUAACGCAAAUUUGACGUAACUUCCUUUAAAUUCUAUAAAAUUUUAAUUUAAAAUAAUUCAAUUUUAAUUUAAAUAAUCAUCAGAGAAUCUUACAGCUAAAUAGAACUUAAUCGAGAAAAAUGCAGAUUACUAGAGAGAUAAACAAAUUCCCACUGGAAGAAAUCUGAAAUCCUUUUAGGAGUGUUUUCACUAUCUCGGUUUUGGCUUGAAAUAAAAUUUGGUAUGAUUUAAAAUUUCGAUAGCCAGCUAAUAGUUCGGCGGAAAAAUUAUGUAACUGUAAAUUGAAAACAUUGCUUGCGGUGAGAGAACUCGCCUCUAACCACAAUGGACUGGGCUCGGUUCCCACACCUGGCCUCCCAUCUGGGUUCAGUUUUUUUCCUGUUUUUCCAGUUUUGUCCUCUCCACAAAAACCAACAAAUUGUAACUUGGCCCGGCUGAAUGUAUCCCUGCAAACGAGUUUCUAAACUCAAGGGUAUAAGGUGAAUGAACAAAUUACAAUAACGUAACAUACCUCAGACAUUAGUAUAGAAACAAUUUUUAUGUCUAAUGUCAUACCAGCAAUUUGAAGACUGACAUUUUACCGAUAAAAUGAUUCGCAUCCAGUGGGAAAUUUUCAGUCUCUUCUCUUUGGGCUGCUCACUUAUCUAUUUGUAGGAUUAUUUUCGGCAAGAAAAUCAUCUGAUUUAGGUUGAGAGAUGGAGAAGGAUCUGUUCUUGGAAGCAAUAAGUAGAGUCAGUCAUGAUAGGUUCUUAAGUCAGACAAAUCUUUUGUGGUAUCUACUCUGAUUAGGAGUACUUGGCUGUGAAAUCUCAUCAAGGCGCGAUAGUCAUUUCAUUUUGGUCGCCAGUUUGAAAACUGAUCUACCCAAGCUCUAACUAGUAUUACAAUGACCAGUUCUUUUCCUAUCAGAGACAUACAUCUUUGUACCUUCUUUGACCUGAAGCUAUUGACUAUGUAAGGAAAAAAAUUUCAUCCAGGUUAAAGAAAUGCUAAGUGAAAAUUUUGGUUCCUAAGACCCGAUCGUAGCUGUUACAAAUACUUCUGAACCUUGCAAAGAGAAUUCAUGAUAUAUUACUAAUAUAUCAGAAUCACUCAGUGCAGUCCACAAGUUUAGCAAUUUUUGAUACUACAUUUUUUGUGAAUUUGAUAGUGUCCACUUGUCGUAUCUGAAACCAUUGAUAUGGCUUAGCUUACCAGAUCGGGGCUUGAGUUCGACUUAGGCUUGACUUUGUCCAACGCUUGAGACAAAUGUCUUUGAGAAAUUCAUCAAAUCAGUGCUUUGUUUGUCUCCUUAGUUUAUGCCAAUUGUUGUGGUUAUGUUUGCGAUGGGAGCCGCUAUGGGACAGUUUGGUUGUUACGCAUACGAUGGAGCCCUUAAAUUGAGCUUUUCAAAGCUUUCUAAUCAGACAGGAGUGAAAAUACCAACGGGGAUUGAUGUGCUCUUCAACAUCCUCAGAGCGACGAGCCUUUUCCACAUCUUCUAUGGCUUCUGCCUAAUUCUCGUGUUUCACAUGAGUUUAAUCUUCAUGCUUCAAAGCUCCAUGCGUGAAUUCAAUGGUAUGUUAGAACAGUAUAAAGUGCAGGGGCGGAUCCAGGUUUUUAUGAGAAGGGGGAUGGGAGAUAGAGAAUACGUAUUGGCUGUUAAACUAUAAAGAGCAUGAAGAAAUCUGUCAGUCGGCUGCCCUGUUCCGGAGAGGAGCCAAGCGAGCCACACCCCUCCCCGGAUCCUUCCGCGCCUACAGUGUGGACGUAGUUCUCAAUUUAGAUUUUCUUAAGAUGUUAUUUUGUCCCAAUGCAUUCUGCUUAAAAGUUAAGGGAUUUCAGAAGAAGAGUAUAUACGAAACUUGGGAUAUAUUUCUUCUGUAUCUACACAUAUCUUUACUCCUGACAAAGAUAAAUCAGCUAUAUUUAAAGGAAUCAUCUCAACAUUCUUUUCACCUUUUUCUCUCUAUUUUUCAAACUACCCAUUUCUAAUUGUAGUCCUGUUAAUCGAUUGACUGAACAAAAUACGGAUUCCACCUGAAAAGGACGAUUAUUGAUUUUGUUGAGCUACAAUUCUGACUAACCUGUUUUUUUAGACGCUACUGUUCAUUUGGUGCCUUUUGAGUAAAACUGAAAUGCGACUUUCGAUGUCUUUUUCAUUUUUUUUACAGAUCGUAUGGGUAAACUUUUCCGUGAAAACCCAAUUCAAAUCGCUUUCCCUGAAGCUGUCAAUCUAUUCUCUGCAAGAGCAAAAUUUGUCCGCGAAGGGAGUCAAAAGAGUACGGUAAGAUCACAUUGUUCAUUGAAGAAAUACAGUUUGCUGUGUAUGGUGGUAGACGACGAACUUUUUCUUGUUCAUCAUAAUUCCAAGUUCUGUGAGAGGGCAAAUGAUUAAUGCAAGGUACCAAUAAUAUGCCGCACGUUAUUAUGCCAGAAAAUUACCAAUGCUUUAUUACAUGGCAUUGAUAGUACUGCACUUCUCAUUUAGCUCCGCUGUAUGGCAAUAUUUUAAAUCCUAACUUUGCUCCGCUAUGUGGCAUCUUUUUCAUCUUAGCAUUUCUAGUCUCCAUUGUGUCGCCUUUAUCUCAGUUAUGGUAAUUAUUUUUAGCACAUGUGUUUAUAUCUUAAGCAACAAGCCUAUUUAAUUUAUCUUGAAUAUCUUUACGAUUCAUUGACUGUAAAUUAGGGGGACCAAUAUUUCUUUAUUACUGGAGCAGUUCUUCGAGAACAAUAUUCAGUGUAUACUCGUUAGGAUAAUGACCGCUUGAAGGUGGAAUUCCAUAGAUGAAUGGAUAAGAAUAGUUUCUUUUCUUAACGAACCAACUGUAGCAAUUCAAGAGUUCGUAUUAAACACACUGCUUGUUUUGCUGUAAGCACACAACAGCUUUCUUUUUAGAUGAAAUUCAUCGCCGUUUAUGUUAAAGGCCUUUCAGUUCCAUUAUCGAAUCUUAAGCCAUUUGAUAUCUUUUCAUUUUACAGGUUGUUCUUACCACUCUCUUGGUGGCCUGUAGUGCUUCCUUCGUUCUUAAUGCUUACAACUUUUUAUUCCUGAAACGCUUUGCUAUUUACGUGUGGUUCGCCAUCGCUCCCCUCAUCUGGGUGGUUUGUCCUCUGACCGGAGCGGCCUGGGUUACUAAGACUUACGUGAGGUACAAGUUAGUGGUGGUGAAUGCGUGGGUGGAUAUACCUGAGGUAUGAUGGUUUUUUCUUCUCUUGACGUUGCUCAGUGUAAAUGAUUCAGACGUUCAUAAUUGAGACUUGAACUCUCAUUUUACUCAAUCAAUCAAAGAAACAACAACAACAACAACAACAACAAACAGAAACAAAAUCUUCUCUUAAUCUUAAGUUUAGUUUCGCGACACACAAUCUGAUCGCAAUUUAUCAUUAUUUCUGUAGUGUUAGGAUCAGUUUCUUGAACUAAAUUAAGAAUUUAUUGUUUUGCUGAAUUACAUAAAUAUCACAAAUGCUAUAAGGAAAAUGGCGAACACCCUUUGAAUAACCACGAUAAUGGUCCAAUCUACAGGAACACGAACUUGAGGCUUCUGCGCAUGACUACCUGCAUCAGACCAACUCUGACGGUCGCUCCAGGUCUCCCUCUCCUUCCCUAAAGAAGAAAUGGGACUCUACAAUAAAACGGUUAGGACAGAAGGAACCAGUGCAGCAAUCUACCACAAAGGGGAAGGAUUUUGUUGGAGUUAAUAAUCCAGGCUAUAAGGGCGACGAUACCAACAAAACUACAGUCCCAACUGAAACAAAAAGAUCAAAUUCGAGGUAAUCUUUCUCAGUAGUCCAGCGGUCAGUGCACUUAGCUCCGAGUCGGACGACCCGGGUUCUUGUUCUGGCCGGGGCAAGGCGUUGUGCCCUUGAGACGUGCGGGGAAAAAAAUGCGAGCUCCGCUUUUAGGCUUGGCUAAAUCUAUAUAUUAUUUCAACACUGAUUUAAUUGUGUACUUCUGGAGCUGUGUUUGAUUAGGACAGGGAAGGUUUAAAGUGCUUUCAGUUGCUUCUGGCCUCCGUUUCCUAGACUUGAUACGGGUGUCUGUCUUAGAUUCCUCUUGGUUUAUUUUUUUUUACUAAAAUCAGUUUGAAAUAGCUCUGUUUAACCUUUCAACUCCCAUAAGUGACUAAGACAGAAUUUCUCCUUACAUUAACGAUACAAGAGCGAGAAGACAAGGGAUGAAAAUAGAGAAAAAUAUCUACUACCAAAUUCUCCAACUAACAUCAAUAAUUGUAUGAUAGACAGAAAAGAGAAUUUCCGAGCUAGAUCUGGGAAUGAAAGGGUUAAAGCUACGGGCUAAAGCGACUUGUAUCUGAUACAGCUUUUAUAUUAUUUCUCAAGGAAAAACAGCGAAAUAUCUCUACAUUUCUCUGCUGAUGAGAAGACAUCGAAGGUCAAAAGAGGAUCCUUCCAUGGCACAACGCUCAGUAAAACCCCUGAGAUACUACUCACGGAUUGUGAUCAAGUCUCGCAAAAUGUCGUUCCCGCUCAAGAGUUCUCCUACGGAAAGAUGAAAAGAUCAAACAGCGAUUCAGCAUUGACAGACGUCGAAAAAGUGAACAGAUCAUUUUUACAUCAGGACGUGGUUCAAGGUUCAUCAAGUGAAAACGUCUCAGAGGAUGUACCCCGGACGCAUGUGGUGCGAAUCGACAUAGAAGGCUCACAGUCUUCAGAAAGUCAAGGUAACCAAACAACUUCCGUUUCCGGUGAUGCUAUCACGACUUCCUCUGAAUUUCAAACCAGUUUUUCCACUUCAACGCGAAGCUCUGAUGGCGAGCAGUUAAAAGUUCCUGGCCAAGAGGAAAACGCUAGUGGAAUGAACGAAAACAAGGAUUCUCUUCCCAAGACAAAUUUUCUUACUGGAAUGGCGAAGACUUUUCAUCAGUGGAGAACAAAAACAAAGAAAAAGAGGAAGUUUAAUUACGAAAAGUACAUUAUAUACCUGGAAAGCAUUCUGCCAACUGUGGGUUUUUCAAUCGGGGGAGUAAUAAUAACAUUUAACGGAAUUUACACUUUUAUUGUAGUUUUGUCCUUUUUAGUCGGGGUUUUCGCCCAAGAAGCCUUUUUCGGGAAUUAAAAAAUGAUAGGGGAAAGAAAAACAAAUUGCGAUUAAAAAGGACCAUUAUGGGAGUUGAGGGAAAAAUAUGGGAGUCGGUUGAGUAAGCUUGAAAGUACAGGAAAUUAUUUUAUGCAAAUUAUUUAAACUGAAUUAAUUUUUAUAUUUAUACUAAAACUGUCAGGGUCGGCUAAAUUAUGUUGAUGAAAAAGUCGAGUUUUUCUUCUAUACUAUUACAUUUGUAUCUUUGGACGAGGAAAAUGAGUAUAUAGUGGGUUUUUUUUUUCUAUGAACAAUAAUGUACAUCGCUUGAUUCAAUAAGCUAUUUGCGAGAUGCUUCAUGCCUAUGCUUUAAGGCCCGGAUAAGUGCGAUGCCCUUUACCAGAAAAUUAUUUCUUACUCCUAAACAAAUGAAAGUCAUUUUCUCAAGAAAGAUUUUGCACUUAGCCUCGUUUUGAAAGUGAGGGCUUUUGAAACUCGGAAAUACCCUAUUUCUGUGUGUGUAACAUAGAAGUUUAGUCUCGGUUUGAUCAUUACAUAUUUGUUUUUACAUUGUGGCGUCGCUCCAUUCAAAGCUGUCCGUAAACAUCUGCCAGUGGUUCGUGCAAAAUUUCAUCAAUUUUUAGUUUAAUCUACCAUCAAUGAAAAAGUUAUGUGAAUAUUGUUUUUAAAUUCAUUUUCAUUCAUUUAAAUUGUUGUACCUGUUGAAGUGUUAAGUUUUUGGCUCGAUCUGAUAAAAUCAUAAAUGAAAGUGAUAUUUGUUAAGAGAAUCAUAUCUCUGGUCUAUACAGAUUUUUUGGGGGGUAAAUUGGGAAAUUUGAGAGGAAUAUUUUUGAGAUAAAAGUUUUACAGAAGGGUAGCCGGAAAUUAAUUUUGUAGUUGCUGAACAAAAAAUUAUGAUGUGUAACGAAAUAAAAAAUAAUAUUCUUUGAAAGGAACUUUAUAGUAACUGGUGGUGAUGAAAAAGCUCAGUGGGUCUUUACUUACGAAUUAGACAAUUAUUUUAGUACAGUUUUGGAAAUAAAGCGAUCAGAAUGGCC